GUUGGAACGCCAAGCCCAUUAACACGCAUUCACGCGCCAUUAGGGUCUGGAAACUUCCUUCCAGAAUUUCCUAUUAUCAGUUUCUAGCAUUUUCUAUGCUACUAAAUACUAGGAACGUCCUCCAAAACCCAGAGUUCACAUUUGAUUUUAUUGAAAGAAGAAGAAAAUACAAAAUGGCAGCAAACGAUUUAGCUUUGGAUUUGGAGGAACUUCACCAUCUUCAGAGUAUAGCGAAACGGCCUCGUGUGCUUUCUCUCAUUUCCUCUGAGAUUCGUAACUUGGAGAAGCUGUCAAAAGAUGGUGCUUCACUGCCAUCCUCGCAAAUACCAGCUCCAGUUUCAACUGCAGCAAAGGUGAUCCAUAACCCAUCACUGAACUAUGUCUCUGUUUCAUCCUUCAGUUGGGAUCAAGACAAUGACAAAGUGAAGAUUUAUCUAUCAUUGGAAGGAGUAGAUCAGGAGAAAAUGGAGGCACAUUUCAAGCCUACUUCUUUUGAUGCCAAGUUUCAUGAUGUACAUGGAAAGAACUAUCGCUUCUCCUUGCCGAAAUUGAACAAAGAGAUUGUACCUGAGAAAUGUAAGGUGCUUGUGAAACCCACAAGGGUUGUCAUCACCUUGGCCAAAGCCUCCAAAGGGAACUGGUUGGAUUUGCAUUACAAAGAGGACAAGUUCAAGCCAAAUUUGGACAAAGAAAAAGAUCCCAUGGCAGGAAUUAUGGAUUUGAUGAAGAACAUGUAUGAGGACGGUGAUGAGGAAAUGAAGAAGACGAUUGCAAAAGCCUGGACCGAUGCUAGAUCUGGCAAGGCAACUGAUCCAUUGAAACGCUACACCUGAAGGCUGAAAUAGGUCUGUUUACAGAUUUUAGUGGCUUAUUCUGGGUGAGCAGUUGCAGGCUGUAUUCUGUUACCAUUUGAGUAGCUUGUAGACCGGAUAAUCAAGAAUUUCUAUGUAGAAAUUUUACAGUAUGUUGCUUGCAUGGUUCUUCUUUAAGCCUUUAUUAGAUGAUUGUUGAAAUUGGUAUAUAUGCAGCUGGUAUCAAGUAAUUGUCUUUAAACUGGAGUACCUUUUUAUGAUAAAUGUUUUUAUUUCUA